AUGUAACAGACAACCUCUUGGCUGAUGCUGACUGCUGGAUUGUGAUGCAGCUUGCUGCCUGCCUAAAUUGAACUUUGAUUUUGUUUUCUGUGAGCAUUGGAUAUGUAACAUCCCUCUCUCUCCCUCCUAAUCCUUCCUGGAAGUUCUGCAUCUUUGACAUGGGGGAAGCUCAAGAACUGCAACUACACAUAAUGGAUCAACUUUCACCAGUUGAAGAAGCCAAAGAAGCAAACUCAACUGAAAAUGCAAAUGUCAGUCAUCAAUCAACCAUCCCUUGGCUUAGAAAAUACAAGUGGUGGCUCCAAAUGGCCAUCUAUUCAUUCUUUGUCCUCUCUGGUCAGUCAGCUGCAACACUCCUGGGGAGACUCUACUACGACAAAGGCGGAAACAGCAAAUGGAUGGCAACACUUGUGCAAACUGCAGGCUUCCCAGUCCUCAUUCCUUUCCUCUGCAUAGCACCAAACGAAAACAGGAACACUCGUGACAACCAUCCAAAACCCCCCUCUGCCAAAGUCCUUGCAUCACUUUACACCUUCCUUGGCAUCUUCCUAGCAGCAGUUUGCAUGUUGUACUCAAUCGGGCUCAUGUAUCUUCCAGUCUCUACUUAUUCUCUCAUCUGUGCAAGCCAACUAGGCUUCAAUGCCGCCUUCUCCUUCUUCCUCAAUUCACAGAAGCUAACACCUUUCAUAGUCAACUCUCUAGUCCUUCUCACCAUCUCCUCCACCCUUCUAGUAUUCCAACCUGACGACUCAGCCUCCAGUAACAUUCCUAAAGGGAAGUACGCGAUUGGGUUCAUAUGCACGGUUGGGGCAUCUGCGGGGUAUGCAUUAAUCCUUUCUGUGACACAGCUCUCCUACAGGAGGAUUCUGAAAAGUGGGACUUUUAGGGUGGUUUUGGAUUUGAUAAUCUACCAGUCACUAGUUGCAACUGGUGUCAUCCUGGUGGGGCUUUUUGCUAGUGGGGAGUGGAAGAGUUUGCACAGAGAGAUGGAGGAAUUCGGACUUGGGAAGGUGUCCUAUGUGAUGAAUUUGGUGUGGACAGCAUUGAGCUGGCAGGUUUUUUCAAUUGGUGCAACGAAGUUGAUCUUUGAGUUGUCUUCCCUCUUCUGCAAUGUCAUUAGUACUUUGGGAUUACCAAUCGUUCCGGUUCUAGCAGUGUUCUUUUUUCAUGAUAAGAUGAAUGGGGUGAAGGUUGUUGCCAUGUUGUUGGCCAUUUGGGGGUUUGUUUCCUAUAUCUAUCAGCAUUAUCUUGAUGAUUUGAAGUCCAAGGCUGAUAGUGGAAAUGUCAAUGGUGUUCCUAAGCUUCCCUCACCAGAAGAAGCUGAACAUUGAAUGAAUAGGCAUUGAAACUGUGUGUGUGUGUGUUUUUUUUUUUUUUUUUGGGUAAGGAAUGGCAUUUAGACUGUUGUUUCUUCUAUUUAUAAUUAUUCUGUUGUCAAGUUUUUGAAUAAUGCACCCUGAACUGAUUAGCUUA